AUGGCGAUAAAGCCGAUGGCAAAAGUUUAUUUGUUGCUGCUUAUGCGGCUGCUAGUGCCAUGUGUGGACGCAGGUAGCUGGCAGAGCUGCCGUGAAGUGUCCGUGGCCAAGUGUGGUGUAGGUGACAGCCGUAGUGAUGGUCGUGAGUACCGGUAUGACAUUGAAGCGUACCGGUACAAGUGGACCAAAUACCCGCACGAAGUAAACAGCUACAAGGGACCCUUUGACACUGUUCCUUCGUAUCAGGCGUUUCAAUCCUGCCAGAUCUGCUCAAACGAAACAAGGCCUACCCAGGGGGGUCCCAAUCAGAACCCUUUGUCCACCGAUAUCGUCGAUAUCAUGAUCGUUGACAACAACGUCGGCGAGCUUGGCACUGACAAGGCAGAGAUCCUCUCUCAGAUCCCAUGUGGUAGCAAGUGCAAGUUGUGGUUUGUGGGUUGUAACCUAACGGCAAUAGAGGUAGGGGCGUUUGCUAAGUUGCCACAGGUAUCUGAGCUGGUCAUCUGGCGGAGCAAUGUCCAGACUCUGAAGAACGGCACGUUUGCUGGGAUGGAGGGUCUCAGGUAUCUGCUGAUGUUGGAGAACAACCUGACACAUCUGGAGGAUGGCUGCUUUGAUGGGUUGCCCAGGCUGUCCAAUCUCAUCCUUGUGGACAACCAGAUCCUGACGAUGUCGCCCGGCGCGUUCCUGGGUGUACAGCCGCAGUGGUUUGACGUAAGUGCCAAUCUUAUCGCUACUGUAGCACCGGGGACCCUGCAGGCGAUCAAGUCUGUAGUAUAUCUCCGCGCGGUUGAGAACAAACUGCGAUCUAUCGGCGUGGAGAUGUUCCACGGGCUUGAACGGCUGCAAUCCCUGAACCUGGAGGGUAACAGAAUCUCCCACAUUGCUGCGGGAGCGUUCCACUCAAACACGGAAAUGAGCGUCCUAAAUCUGGCGGGAAACAGGCUGACCUUUGUGUCUGGUGGUUGGUUCAAAUCGUCAUUUCCAAUCAUGAAUCUCAACGUGCGUGGAAAUGGUAUUGCCGCUAUCGCGUUGGAGGGGAGGGCGCUGCCUUGGUCGCAGGGAAUGAAGCUUGACAACCCGCCGCGCUGUACGUGUGCGAACGAUUGGCUGUACGAACACGAAGGAAACGCCCUUAAGAUCAAGAGGCAGUUUAACCUGACAUUAAGGGUCCCCCCUCCCCCAGCAAGCUGCCCCGCCUCGCCGCUGACGCCAAAUCCUCCCGCUCCGGUCAAUCCCAACGGAUUGCCCUGUCCUGUACCGCUGGUUGAGGUUACGCAUGUUGGGCGCAGCGCCGCGUACAGGUACGAAGCCUCUGGCGACGUGUAUUGGGAGCAAUUGCCGAUAGUGUCCUUUGCCUUCCCUAACGACUCACACCACACAUUCAACAUAACAUACGACACGAACACGACCACACACGACAGUCUCCCGACAGGCAACCUAACCAUAAGUGUGGUGACCGACCUAAAGGCUGAGGGCUGGGUGAAGUGUAAGGGGCCAGAAAACUUGUUGGGGGAAACAGGAAACCACAGCCUGUGUUCUAACUACAUGGGGAAGUCCAGCUUCACUCUUUGGCUUGAGACCGCCGAGCCCUUGCCCUUUGGGAACGCCACUUGUACGGCGUCUUCGGAAACUGGCUCCCACACUGCCGUCUUCUCGGUAAGCGCGCACGUACACUCUGACAUAACAACUCCACUGACAGCAACCGAACUGACACCCCUCAACACGACACCAUUCUCAGUCAGCAUCAACACUACACCACUGUCCAGCACUACACCGCUGGCUACUGGCACGGGCGAUGAUGCAGAUCUCACAUGGUACAUCGUGUGGGCAGCUCUGGGCGGGUUGUCGGCUGCUGCGGUAGGGGUUUGGGGAUGUGCCAUGGCUAGUUGUAUCAAACAGAAGCUCAAGCGCAAAGCCCCUGAUAACGGUGCAGGUCCAUCCCGCAAUGGCAACCAGAUCACUGCCUGCUCCAUGUGGCCUGUUCCAGGGGGCAACUCGGAGGAGUCAGUGAUCAGUCCGUACGCCGAGGGGAGUUUAGACGAUCACGACAGCUUGAAUGAGUCAGAGUAUGUCAUCAACGCUUACGCUGAGGGUGGUUUCAAUGACCACCCUGACCUGCGCAGGGCCGAAUCUUCGCAGUCAGAAAUCGUCCCCUACGGGCAGGCGAACCUGUGCCCAGCGUACCGUGAGGCAAGCCGCCCCCGCGCGCAGACACACCCCGCGCCGUCCCGCCCGUACAGCACCGAGCACCCCCGUCAGAAACCAAACAGGAAAGGGGCCGUCUUGGCUGGCUAUGGCCAAAAUGGUCGCGGCAAGUCCGGCCAAAGCUGCUACAAGCACCCCUCCAUUCUCCCCAACCCGGGUGCCACCAAGUCCUCUGCCUACCAGCAGAAUGCGAGCGUCGCCCACAAGGCGGCUUGCUACAACUCCCCUGCCCUGGCCACUGACCUAAAGCGUACCCUGCCAAACACAUAUGACCAGCAUGACCCUAGCGAGGCAGUCUGCAACUCCGCAACGUCCCCCGCGGCCAAUACCUACCAGCCCGCCGCCUCGCCUGGUAGUGAGCCCGGGACUCAAUCCGCCAUGUAUGAUGAAAACCAUCCUAGCCAGCGCGCCACCGGUGUGGCAAACAGAUACGUCUGUCCCUCCCCUGCGGCCUGUGCUGGCGGGUCUCGGGCGGCUACCUACUGCCAGAAUGACCGUAGAGAGGCAGUAAACAACACCCCAGAAAACCCCGAGACAAACAGCUAUGAACCAGCGUCCGCUCACUGCCCGAUUCAGUAAGUACAGAAAAAUGAAAGGAAUUGAUGGAUGGAAUUUGUCCCAAUCAUUGUCUAUUUUACUUUUGGACAUAAUUAUUCUUCAAGAAAUUCA